CAAUGUCACCAGAGGAGGAGCAGAGUCGGCUUUCUGAUGAGGAAUAUUUAAUAUUUCGCGCUAAGGAAGAACAAAAACGUGAUCCCUGUGCCGCGAAAUGUUGGAUGAUAACAGCUCAAGCUCUGUUUCCGCAAAAUUUUGGAAUUCAGUUUGAGGUGUAUCAGAUUGAAAAAGCAGCAAAGAAUGUGAAGGAAGCAGCAAAAUGUCUUGGUGUUUUAUUGCGAAAAUUUGUGUCAGAGCCAUUGCUAUGGAGGGAGGUGGAUACUAUCAUGGCAGCCUUGAGGCAGACAACUCCAGACUCUCAAACAUCCUUUCUGGCAUAUUUAUUUAACAUGCUUCCUAAAGAUGUACAGCUUAGUAUGGUAUUAUCAGCAGCAGAAAGGUCACAGGACACAAUGACACGCUGCCGUCUCAUGCUACUACUGACAACCACAUUUCCAGAAACUACUGCUCAUCAUGGGCUGAAACUAGUGGAAAGCUUGUUAGCAGCAGAAAAGCACUGCACAGGCCCAAUAAAUCCAUUUCGCAGAAUGCUUGUGUGUGAGCUCCUACCAAGGUUGUUGCAGACUCGUGGGUUGGAAGUGCGGCCAAAGACUCUUCAUAGCCUCCUGUCCAGAGCUAUUGAAUUUUACGUUGCAUAUGUAACCACACCUCCAAAGGUUAUGCAGAGUAUGCUGGAAAGUGACAGCAAGAUUGAAGACCCUUGGCAGCAGCUGUUUUCUGUCGUUCAGUUAAUUGGCUGGAAUCUGGGAUGGGACUUGGCAUCAUACUUUGAGAAUAUCAGCAACAGGGAGAUUAUUCUCCAGAGGAUACAGGCCUUGGUUGAAGGAGGAGCAAGACUUGGAGGCCCAAAGGGUGAAGGAGGAGAAGAUGUGCGGGAGGUUUUGUAUACCACACUGACAGUCUUCCUUCAUGCACUAAUGGAUUACACUAAACGACUGUACCCUGAUUUUAACCAAGCUGAAGGUAGCACUGCAAGCAAUCCUCCGAUGGCUCUGGUUGAAGCUUUUGUAUAUCCAGAAUGUGAGAGAGAAGAGACGGUAAUAAUGCCUCCCAAACGAUCUCGCCCAUCUCUGGAUGAAGAUCCUACUAUUCCUGUAAUUACUGUAAGUCGUCCAACACCCGUUGGCCCAGCCCCAGCUGCAGGUGCAGUAGUUGGUCUUCCUGUAAGCACUCCUGGAGGGAUUUCUGCAGGAGGGUUGUCACAGGCCCUCACCACAGCUAUCAAGUGCUGGGAUUUACUGAAUUCCUAUGAACAGCUUCGAGCAGAAUUUGUGCGUCUCUUAGAGAGCCUUGGCACUGAACGGUGGUGGUGGCUAAGAGUGUUUACAGUUGACAUGCUGAUUUAUCAAGGUCGACUGGCAGAAGCAGCACGUGAGCUGAGACACACAUUAACUCAUCGAGGCACUCAGUUGCCAACUACCCUCAUCAGCACAAACUUGAAAUUAGCUUCUGUCUUAUAUGCCAUGAACAACCUUUCUGGGGCAGCAGAAGCUGUGCUUGAAGUAGUGACUCAAUUACCAGGCUGGGUAGGUGGGGGAGGCCUCUCAGGAGACCUCUGUAUCACAGCAGCUCCAAACAGACGUCAUCUCCAUGUACUGGCUUUGACUCGCUCUCAGUGCCUCCAGUUUGCCACAACCCUUCUUAUACAUGCUCUCAGACAAAGAAUAAUUAUUGAUAGGCACAGUGAUGAUCUAUGUAUAGGACAUCUGAUCACCCUUUUACAGUAUGAAUGGCCAAAAUAUGUAAGUACAUUUGAGGAAGUUCUUCAAAUCAUCAGAAAGCAAGGCGGAUUCUCCUACCCACUUUUCUACACUUAUAUCACUACACCAGACAUUCUUGAAGAAUUUAUGUAUCUUGCUACCAAAGAAGGGGGAAGUUUGCAGUUGGACAUCAUUCCUGUCAACCAUACAAAUAAACAACAAAGAACAAUAUCAACUCGUGGCAUUGACAGAGAUCUUAAGAAUGACUUCAAGAUUGGAAUGAAGAAGCUCAUGCUCCGAAGCUCAGAACCUGUUGAAGCUAAUAUCAUUACCUUUUUGACUUGUGAGGGAACUUUGGUACAUCAGAACUUAAUGUGAGAGUGAAGUGAUUAAUCAACCUACAAAUUAUAUAUUUCUGGUGGUUAAGUAUAAUGACUGACAGUUUUCUAAUAAAAACUAGUACAAGA